AUGUCAGCAUUGAGGCUGGCGAAUUUACCGGCGCUGCGGAAGCAGCAGCUUCUCUCUGAAUUCACUGGCUUGAAGCAGGCCUGCCCUUCUGGCGUCUUUGUAACAUUAACACCGGAUGACUCGACCGUGUGGUCUGCCGUCUUGUUCGUCCGCGACGGUAAUACGACCUCGUUCCACGGCAUGAGGGAACUGAGUGCGCUAACAAUUGCAGGACCUUACGCUCCCGCCAUCCUCAGAUUCCAAAUUUUGUUCCCCGAUUCCUACCCAAAACGAGCCCCCAUGAUUAUUUUUGCGACCGACAUAUUUCACCCCCUCAUCACGCCUCUUACGACAUAUAUGUACACUACCGAUAUACAAGAGAAUGGAACCGUGAGCGCGACCGACGACGAACGACUGCCGCCAGGAGGCUUUAGCCUGCGGCAUGGAUUCCCGGAAUGGUUCGGCAGGGUGCGCCGCAGCGCCGAGGCCAAUCUCUCCGCGCCAACAAGUCCCAUAAUCGAGCAGACUCACAUGUUUACGAGUCCAGACCCUGGUGCUGCUGGCGGCGCCGGCCCCUCCUACAUGCAGACCAACCGAGCUGUCGUGUCCAUAUACCAGAUUCUCAAAUACAUAAAGAGCACAUUCGACAAGCCAGAGGUCCUGGACGCGGUUCCCCUGGAUGCCGCCGGAAACCCCGGUGCGUGGCACGCGUGGAGGACGCAUCGGCGGAAGCAGCAGGCAAAGCAGGGCGAGGCCGAGAAGCAAGGCCGCGACGGCGGCCCUGCGACGCCCAGCCCCAAGAAGCCGGCGGGCGACAAGAAACCCGUCAGCCAAGCUGUCCCCAGGAAGCCUGGCGAGUGGAACUGGGACGGUGUUUGGGAGGACAGGGUGAAGAAAGGUGUCGCGACAAAUCUGUCGGAGCCUGUUCUUUACGGCGGCACCACAUUAAAUGAUGAACUGGCAAGUUUUGCUUCCUUGCAGCUGAGCCUCCUAAUGGUUUCGUUUGGCUAA